AAAUUAAACGAUAGUGAACAUAUACGUUACGUAUGUAUAUAACACGCAACUAAAAAGAAUAGAAAUCAGUUAUAUUUGUACUAAUGUAUUAUUUUUGGAUAAAACUCAUUGCUAAACAUUCAUAGGAAGUUGACUUAUUAUUAAAUUAUUAAAUAUUUUCGCAAAAUUAAUGAUGACUUGAACAUGCAAAUCUCCAGUUUCACGAUAAUCUUAUAAAACUUAACAAGUUUAAGAUAAGGUUUUAUUUUAAUUUUUCGUUACUGAUCUGCUAUCAAAACUUUUAAAAAUAUCAUGUCUAGCUUAUAUGUUUUGAGUAUAUGGGAACAAGAAUAAUUACUUACGAACGAAAUUAUUUAAUGAGAAAUGCAAAUGCAAAUACCUUUAAUUCAAGAUGAAAAAACAAAUUCAUCUUGGUCAAGUAAAUUUUAGGAAGGAGAGACGAAAAUGGUUUCUAUCAUUAUUAUGUGGUACUUGUCUCAUAUAUGCUACAAGAACAUCUGUUCCUUUAUUAAUGCCAAUUAUAAGUAAAGAGAAACAAUGGUCCAAGCCAGAUUCUGGAGUAAUACUGUCUAGUUUUUUUUGGGGUUAUACAUUAACGCAAGUUGCUAGUGGUUAUAUUAGCGAUAGAAUUGGAGGACAAAAAGUAUUAUUGAUCUCUGCUCUUGGAUGGUCUAUGACAACAUUUUUUAUGCCAGAAGUCAUAGAACUCUUUUCAAAGAAUGAUAGUUCUGUGUUAUUAGUAGCAAUAGUGAGAACGAUAAAUGGUGCAUUCCAAGGCAUGCAUUUCCCCAGUAUGAUUAGUUUAAUAAGUCAACGAUUGCACGAAACAGAAAGAGCCUCAUUUUUUAGUUUAUUAACAUCAGGAUCAGCACUUGGCACAUUGCUCACUGGAUCUUUAGGUUCCUAUCUGUUGGAAAAUUAUAAUUGGGUAGUAGUUUUCCAAACAUUAGGAGGUUUGAGCUUGGCAUGGGCUGUGCUAUUAAGUUACCAUACUCUACCUUUUAAGGAAAAAGCAGCUUCUACUAAAUCAGCUACUAACUACACUUUGCCUUGGUUGAAGCUUUUAAAAAAACCUCCAUUCUGGUCAUGUGUAAUAGGUCAUGCUUGUCAAAAUAAUUGUUUUUUUGUAUUACUAUCCUGGAUGCCAAUGUAUUUUCAUGAUACAUUUCCAGAAGUAAAGGGUUGGGUUGUAAACAUGGUGCCAUGGUUGUCUAUGUUGCCUUGUACAUUUUUUGGUAAAGCACUUUCGGAGAAGAUAAUAAAAGCAGGGUAUUCCAUCACAGUAACACGUAAAAUAAUCGAAACAAUAUGUUUUUUAACUGAAGUUAUAAGCUUAUUAUUUUUAGCAAAAGUAGAAACUUUUCAAAGUGCAAUAAUUUGUCUUGCGUUUAUAAUUGGCGGAUCAGGUUUUCAUAAUAAUGCAAUUGCAGUAAAUCCUUCAGAUCUUGCACCAAAACAUUCCGGAAGUGUAUUUGGAUUAAUGAACACUGUUGGUGCUAUACCUGGUAUAUAUAAUCAUAAAUUUACUAUUGCAGUAAUAGGAAAGAUGAUAGUAAAAAAGAUAAUUUUCAGGAUUUCUUGGAGUAUACUUUUCUGGAUAUAUAUUACAUGUAACGCACAGCUGGCCUGUUGUAUUUAUAUUCAUUGCUAUAAUAGAUGCAUUAGGAUGUAUAAUAUAUUUAUUAUUUGGUUCUGGUCAAGCAAUUAUAUAAAAUUACAUCCAAUUUAUUGUUCUUUUAGUUUAUUGUGAAUACACCCUAUCCUUAAAAUUUGGUACAAUUGCGUAAAUUUUAAUUAUCUAUGAAUAAAACAAUAAUAUUAAUUAAGUUGUGUCAAUAUUGCGAGAAGUUUCGACAGUAAUACAAAAAAACAUUCGUGCAUGGUAUGUAUAUCGGUUAACUGAUAAUUUGAUUUUGUUUAAAAUUCCAUAUUAUCUUAUACAUGUUAUACAUGUUACGUUUAAUUAAUCAUAAUUAUAAAAAUUUUAAAUAUAGUAAAUAUUAAUAAUAUAAAUUUAAAAGGUUAGCACUGAUUCAAUAUAAAAUCAUACGUAAUGAAGGAAUCUAAUAAGAAUGGUUAAACGCGAUAUCUAUGAUAUUUCUAAGUAUGAUUUUUCAGAGUAUAAUACCAAAACAUAACCGAUUAUAAUUUCUAGAACGAUAAUUUUCUAUCAAUCGUUACACAAUAUUUUACAGAAAUAAA